AUGGACGAGAGCCGAGAGAGAUACGAGGCAGAAAUGACAAAGAAGCUGGAUGCAUUCAAAACAGCAAAGGAAUGGUCUGACUUUAUUUCCCUUCUGAGCUCACUGGACAACACGAUUAGGAAGUUUUCCAUACCAGAAAUACCAAAAAAGAAGCUUUUGUUUAAGAGGCUAAACCAGUGUCUAAAUCCGGUUUUGCCUGCAGGAAUCCACAACAAGACCUUGGAAACAUAUUCUUUGGUGUUUGAGAAGAUUUCCAGAGAGAACUUCCUCAAGGAGUUUGACUUUUUGACACUGGGACUCUUCACGUUUUCGGCACAUUGUAGAAUUCUUGUGAUAAGUUCUUUUCUGGACCUUAUAGAGAAGUAUAUUGUUCCAUUGGGGGCGGAUGUGGAAAGAUAUUCCACAAGCAUACUUAUAGGGCUUCUUCCACCGAUGGAGUUCGAAUCUGGAGAACAUUACAGCCGAGCACACCUCAUAGUAACCGAGUUUAAGUCUCUGGUUUCUCUAGAAGUAUUCUACUCUUCGAUGUGGAGCAUCCUUCUUAACGACGAAAGACUCAGAACAUCUGUGGUGAAUUAUAUGCUAAGCCUAGGCUGGGAAGAGCAGAUAUUGGGGAAUGAAAGACUUGUGGUAAGAGCUCUGUGUGCAGGCCUUGGAAGCGAAUCGACUUUAGUGGUAAGAAACUGUUUAGAUCUCCUGAUUUUUGUAUUUCCCGAUAAGGAUCACGUUUGUAAAGAGGAUAUGCUGGACGACCUUACGGAGGCGGUGAUAAGGUUGUUUGUAAAAAGAGACCUUUCUCUCAACAAGAGGAUCUACGGAUGGAUGUGUAUGGCAGAUAACUUUAACGAGGCCGACGUGGCUUUGUUAAGUAGGGCUCUUAAAAGGUUUUUGGACAGAAACAGCGCAGAAGACAUCCAACUCUUCUUUAGGAUCAUGAUGACGCUUCAAGACAAGGGAAAGCUCUGCGAGAAGAUUAUGGAGAACCUUCUUUUUGAUGUUCUAUCCUGUCUUCAAAAGCAUCAAAGGAAGGGUGUGAAGGAAAAUGUAGAUUCAGAUGCAUUUGAAGAAAGACAGGGCGAGAGCAUUGAUGUUGAAAAGAUUGCAAGGGCAUUUUUAACCACAGAUCUGGAUUCGAUAUGGAAAAUAUUCUAUCUCCGGCUGAGAAAUGUCCUGAAGGAGGCCAAGGAAAAAAUGCUUUUGGACUUGAAUCUAAUUGACGACGAAGAGCUUAAUGACAGUGUGAUGAGAGAGGAGAUAUAUAGUAUGCAUACGAUGUCGUUAAUUCUUAAUGAGGGGCAAAUAGUUCUAUCAGAGGGGUCUUCUCUUAAUAACUCUCAGGACCGGAGUUCAAACGAAAAGAUUUCAGAAGCAGAGGAAAGAAGUUCUUUCGAAGAAAUAAGCCCGAGGAAAGAAGAGAUAGUAGCAAAAGCGUUAAAAGUCGAAAAAAGACACCGAAACAGAAGAGAUUCAAGAAGGCCCACCCAGGUUCUUUCCUUCAUAAGGUUUGCCGUGGAAAAUUACUCUGUAGUGGACUCGGAAGUCUUCCACUACCAUCUUCCGUUUCUGGUCCAUUUAGUCCUUUCUGACUUUCUACUGUUUGACGCUCAGAUUGUUUUUUCGUUUCUGGAUUUCAGUGCAAAGAUAAUGAAGUUUAAGGAAAAACAAGUUGAAGGAGGAAGGAAUCUGCAGAAGCUGAUUGGGAGAUUUUAUCUGGAGGAGGACACCAGCGUACUGGACGAUGUCUCGUCAACAAUACUUUACAGCAUUUCGGACAAGAUUGGAAUAGCUAUUGAAAGUAAUGUUGAAUUAUCUCUUCCAUUAAUGUCCACUUUCAUUAAGAUCUAUGGAGAGGAUGUUUUCCCCAGUGGUUUUAUACCGAAUUAUCAUAACUUCAUACUGAAGUCUUCCAACAGGCUUAUAAAGGAGCAUCUUGAAGUUUACAAGAUAAUUGAUUGCACUCGACUUGAUUCCCAAGCCAUGUUCGAUGUCCUAUGGACAAGAUUCUGCCACGUGGAGAAAGACCUCUAUCUGGAGAAUCCAAAGGAGUCUGACACCAACAACGGAAUGCAAAGGAUAUCCAGAAGAAACAUAACAAGUAGAUUCUUUAUUACAGGCAAGGGACCUCACCGCAGGGCAUUGGUUGAACUUCUAUGGAAGUAUAACGCGAUCUUUGGGCGGAGCUUUGAAAAGUUUCUUCUAAAAAGAAUUGGAGAAGGAGAGGUAGAGGAAAUUAGUUACUUUCUCCUUCUUAAGAUUGAGAAUUUUAAAGGGAACUUCGACUUCUUAGAGCUGUAUUACAUCAUUAACUGCAAGCUUGAUCCUGAAGAUCUGGUGUUGAACACAUUUCUUUGCUCUCUUACGUGUUUUGAUGAUCUAUUUAAGUUCCUCUUGAAGAAACUUGAGGAUUCAAACAUACAGACAAGUGACACCUUCUUUUCGGAGUCCAUUGAUCUUAAUCAGAUAGUUGGAGUGUUCAAGUGCAUCAAGAAUCUUCUGGAGUAUUCCAAAGGAUUUAAGUCGAUGCUUGUAGACUCUGAAGAGAAGUUGUAUUCCAAAGUACUCCCUCUGGAGGAGCCGGUAUCAUCCAGAGAAAUCUUGUAUAGAAUACUAGUGCAUUUGCUUGUGAACAGAAAAGAAUACGAUGGAAGGGAUUUCGACUUGGAGAUCAUCAAGGUUCUCGAGGCUCUAAUGAGAGGGGGGAUUCUUGACAGCAGUGUGAUGAAUGUGGUAGAUCUUUCCAAGAUUGUGGAUGUGGCAAAAGGAUACAGAGGAGAUCCUGCAAUUGUGUUGGGAAUUGCUCCGUUGAUUAAGCAUAGUGGAAACAGUAUGGCAAUCCAAGACCUGUGCAGUAUACUUGAUAGUCAAUGCUUCUACUACCAUGAAUUCCUAGGGUUUGUCUUUUCAUUAACCGAUAGACUCCAAAGAAAGGUACUUUCAAACGUGCUCUUUUCACUAGAAAACCAGGACUUUGCACUCAUGAUAGUCUCGGAAACAAUAACUAACAUGCUGGUUAAAAGAGGAGUUGAGGGCGAGCUGCCUGGCUUCAUAGACAAAAGCAUGAAGUUUAUUUUUGAGUUCUUUGAGAACCAGUACGUCGAUGUAAACGAAGCAGAAAGUGAGGGAAAUAAGGUUAGGAGUGUAGUUCGGAAAGACAAGUUUGAUGAGCAGUCUAUUGGUGGCGAUGAUCUGGUUGUGUUUGAGGAAAGGAUUAACACAAGAAUGAAUGCUUUGAGAUUCUCGACGGCAAAGGAGUUGUCGUCUCUGUUUUUCAAGAAGGUGCCUAUUGGGUUUGUCGAGAUGAUCCUGGGGAAUCCGCCGUGCAUUCCGUUUUUGAAGUCUAUUGACUUCCGGGAGCAGCUUUACAUGUCAAUUAUGAAUCUUUACUCAACAAAUGCUAUGAAGGUGUUCAAGUUUCUGGGCGUGCUGAACAAGGUCAUGGAUCCUCAGGAAAUGAUAGGGGUUUUCAAUAAGUCAAAGAAUCUUCUCGAAAAAAUCUCUUCCUACAGGAUAGGGUCUGACUAUUCUCCCUUAAACUUUGUCUUGGACUUUCUACAGUCUCUAGACCUUCAAGAGGAUGCAGAGGCUCUUGUUCAGUCGGCCAUCAUAAACUCCGUUUACUUCUUACAGAAAAGGUUGGAUCUAAAAAUAAGGAAUGGAGAGAAAGAAUUCGAAGAUGAAAUUGGAUUACUUGAUAGAAUAACAAACUUUAAGUUCCAGGGAGUAGUUCUUUCGGCUGUUCCCAGUCUGAUCACAGUCAUCCUUACCUUGGUUAAUUCGAAUAGUCCUAAUCUCAAAAAUGUCGGAAUUGAUACUCUUGCAAAGUUGAGCAGCAAGGGUCUUGAGGAGAAGUAUUGGAAGAAAGAGUAUAUAGAGAUAUUUCAUACACUUGACUUCUUUACAUACCGUCUAUACAAGAAGUCAGAUCUCAUGAAAAAAGUUGUGGCUAAAGACCCUUCCAUUAUUAACGACCUGAUUGUCAGGCUGGACAGUGGAUUUUUUGUCUCGCAGGCAUCGGAUGCCAACAACAAAACUCUAGUACUGAAAAGGAUCUCGUUCAUUAUAUUUUCAGCACCCUACAACUACUUUGCAAGCUUCUCUUUGAAGCUCAUCGAGAAGAUAGCGAGUCUGAUAAAUUAUCCUUCUUCAAAGGUCAGAAGGGAGGUGUUUCUGCUUUCUAAGAUGCUGGUUCUCAAGAUUUCCCACGACAAGCUAAUCAAUCUGUAUCCCAUUCUUCUCUAUGAUAUCGGGAUAAUAAUCGAGAGUUCUGAUUUUGAGGACGUGAUGCUUCUCGCCGAGGUGCUGAAGCUAUUGGAUGUGGUGUUUCUGUUGAACACACCUCAAUUUACAGAGACGAGGGUGGUGUUUCUUGGGCCUCGAUGCACCACGACGAUGGAAGGAGAAGGAAAGAAGCCUGGCUUAGAGAAUCUAAGGGAUUUGUUGAAUUGCAAGUACGGGAAGGAGAUUCCCAGCGAGUUCCGAAGACCUAAGAAGAAGAUCCCGUUUCUGGGGCCAGGGAAAAAGGAUAUCGACGAGAUAUUGGACUUUACAAGCAAUGCAUUGGAGUAUUAUAACUGGCUCGAUGAGAACUGCUCUGAAAUCGACUAUGAAUACCUAUUCAACCUCACUCUGGAAGAGCUGACAGAAACGACCGAGUAA